CAAAAAGUUUUUUUACAACUCUUUAUAUUUCAUAAUUGGUUUUUGCAAUUUUUGUAUUGAAAAUUUUUGACAAUUCACCAGGCGUCUGCGGAACACAUCAAUAACUGAUAGAAAAGAACCGAAAGAGAAAAGAACUGCAUUGGUAAGCAAGCAAACAAAAGCAGUUAACAAGAGACGAACAGGAAACGGACGACGGAUUUUUAUAAGAACACAAUUAAAAAUAAAAAUAAAAAAAAUUCAAGAUGAAUGAAUUCGAUGGUAAGAAAUUCUAUGGAUUUUCGCUGCACGAUGAUCCCGUCUUGAGUACGACGACAAGGAAUUUCGAGUUUAAGUACACACGCCCCGAGCAUUUGGAACGUCUGAUACAAAAGGUGCAGCAGACCGAUCCGGACCAUGAACGUAAUCGCAAAAAGGAAAUACUGAAUCGGCUGUGUAAAGCAAAGAAGAUGCCAUGCGCCAACGAUAUGACCACACCCUAUCGACGCGAUGCGGAUGUCGAGACCCAUGUGUCACGUGGUGAGGCGGGCGGACGUGUGCGCAACUUGAGUGACACGGAAAUCAAUCAGCUGAUCGGCAAAGUGAAGAGCUACGGCGACUUGCGUAGACAAAACUCAACCGACACCUAUGCAAAAGCGAAGGACACCACGAAGUCCAUGCAACCACCAAUGACAUUGAAAAGUAUACUACGUACCUCGGCACAUGAUUUCCCCAGUGGCAGUGGAACAGUCGAGUCGCGACAGUCGCCUAGGCAACUCUGUAAUCCGUAUGAAUAUAGCGAUGAUAACUGCGUUGGCGAUGGUGAUUUUUAUGGUUCAGAACCCACUUCGGAGGAGCAAAUACUCUGUAAUCCCUUCGACUUGCCGCACGAACCACUCUACGAAACGCAUACCAUGCACCUACCACAUAUGCGACGUGAACUGCAUAGCGGUUUGUGUAAAUUACCUGAUGUGCCAGAGGAGGAUGAGCUGUUGGCGUCGAAAACUGUAAUGCCGACGGUGGUCGAGGAAUUUCGUCAGCCACAGGCGAAAUGGGUGGAAAUCUGUGCCAAGCCGGCCAUGGAGAAAGCACAAUCAGCUGAAAUCAAAUUCGUUGAGUUCUCGGAAAAAUCCGAACGUUUGCCAACGAAUGUCACCUACACAAUGCAUUCGCAUGAGCUGCAAUUGCCCAUACAGAUUAGUACACCGGAAAUGAUGUUGAAGAAUAUGUCACCACCACCGAGUUUGCCGAACAUGGCGCUCACCUAUGCGCUCAACAGUUACGACGACAAUCCCUCGACUUAUGAAAUAGAGGAUAGUGAUCUGGAGUACGAGAUGCUAGAGCGUGCACAAUACACAAAAUAUUGUGGUGCGCGUCCCAAAACCGAAGAGUUGACAAACAAUUCGAAUGGCAGCGGUGGCCUGGCAGAGUUUGUCGAGCUCGAAUCGGAAAUUCCAAAUAUGAACUUAAGUUUCUUGAAAAAUGUCUCACCAAUGAGAUACUCUGAUCUGACCGACGAUCGCGAAGAAGAUAAGAAAGUGGCCUUAAAGCAAAAUCAAUUUAAAUUGGUCAUGAAAAAUCGCAACACAAAAUCUCCCUCGCCAACUUUAGAGAAAGACCCGUCUAUUGCAAGCAGUAAAGAUCCCAAGAAUAAGUGCGCAAAAAUGAAGAAGAAACCAGCUGAAGAAGUCAAACCAAAUCCACGUAAAAAGUCGACUGCUCGUGGUCCAGAUACCUCUUCCCCGGCUGAGAAAUCUUCAUUAGGCACGCCACGUUCAGGUGGCAAGAGAUCGUCAACAACCACACCGAGACCACAUAAGGAGCGUAAUCCACAAAUGAAUCAAAUCAGUUCCAACGAGUUGCGUUCCAUGAAAAACAUCAUUUUGACUAAAUCUAUUGAAGAUUUGAAAAUGGAGAAGAUGGCAAUUUUUGCAAAAAUGACCAGCACACAGGAACGUAUUAUCGAAACGCUGGAUAAAUUGCGCAUAAGCUUACUAGAGCUCUAUGUGCCGGAUAGUCACUAUGAGAAAACCAGACGUCAGAAGAACGCCUUCGAAUUCUCUGUGAGAUUUUCGCGUAAUUUUCUAUAUCCCUUAAAGGGCAUGAUCGAAGAUCUGCGUGUCGUUUCGGUGGAACAACUCUGCAGCGCCGCCUCCAAUGAAGCUACACAGCGUGUGCACAACAUAUUUACGCUCAUUCACCAAUCACUGCAGACAUACUACAAACAACUCCGUUACUUUCUGCUCGACCAGGUGCCACAAAAGCUGAACACGCUCAUCGAAUUGGCCAGCACAACUGUGAGCAUUUGUUUGGAGAAGCAAAUUUUCGAUCGUAACGAUGCAAUUAUUGAGUGUCUGCAAGAACGUUGCGCCAAGUUUCUGGGCUUCUUGGAAGAUAUGCACGAGGAGCGUUUUCUAACGGCACGCAAUAAUUAUCGUAAAGCAAGUUUCGACAAGACAGCCUCCAAUUAUAGCUUGAAAAUGUUCAUGAACGAUCUGAAUAUGUACGAACCGAAGCUGGUGCCGAAGAAUCACUACAAUCACCGACGUAAACCGAAGUUGCGACGCGUGCUGAAACCGAGCACAACAACAACGAAAACGAAAUCGAAAAGCGAAAAUGCGACCGUACCGCAAACAUCCCAAAUGGUGAUCACUAAACCGGAUGGGGAUCAAAUAUCCACACAUAUCAACGAUUUGGCAAGGAGUUCGGGUCUCUUUCAAAGUGCACAGAAUAUCGCUGUGGAUAUGAUUGCGCCACCAGCCGAACCGAGCAUGAAUUCCGAGGAAUUACCUACACUUAAUAAGGCACUCAUUGAAGCACUACAAACUGUGACUAAGGAGCAAAUGCGUCAAGUACUGCAACCCAUUAUGCAAACGCUCGGCUCGGUGAUCGAGAAGAAGAAUGCUUCUAAAACAAUUGAAGAACUACUCAAUGCUUUCAGCAGUAAUUUAAUUUCACUGGCAGAAGGUGAGAAUACGAAGAGAGUAAAUCCGGAAAAAUACAGUGGCAAUGGCGACAAAGUGCGUGCUGGCGCCGAAGAGUUGAAAGCGUCCAAGCAAACUGAACGGCAGCGUAACCGGCAUCACCAGUCGAACUAUGAAUCGACCAAACGCAACGAAGCUGCCGCAUUCUUCGGCGGCACAGACACAGCGAAUGUCUUCGAGACGGCAAUCGGUGAGCUUAGCGCCGACGAUAAUGACGAUGAUAAUUAUUAUGAUGAUGAUGGGUUUGAGAAUGACGACGCCAAUGGCAACGAUAUCGAUGAAGAUGACGAUGAUGGUGAUGAUGUGGACGAUGGUGACGGCGAUGUUGAUGAUGACCAACCCAGAGACGCGCCGACCGAGCCCACCGAAAUGACUGACCACAGCGAGGCAACCGAACGUAGCGAGCCCAAUGAGGCCAGCGACUCGGUGCGCUACUUCCGCGAUGGCUAUGCCGGCAAGCAGAAGAAUAAGAACAGCAACAGAAAUAAUAAUAACAACAACAACAACAACAAUAACGGUAACAACAUUAAAAUGAAUGGCAGCAAAAUUGUGGUGUUCGAUAACUUCAAGUUGGACGAGAGCGGCGAUGGCGAAAGUGCUGGUGACGGCUACACCGACGCAAAUGGUGACAGAGCUAGAGACCGUGAUGAUGUUGCCAGUGAGAGUGGUUCGGAUUUCGCGAGUUUUGAGGGCAAUUCGAGUAGUUUUGAUGUCGUUAUUGCCAUGAAGCCGGAUAAGAAUAAAGUAAACGAGCAGCAACAGUUGCAGCAACAACAGCAACAAUUGCAACAGCAGCAUAGCCAGAAAGAGCAGCAACAACACAAGACCGAGCAGCAGCAGUUGGAAAAACAUGAACAACAGCAACAAAUGCAUUACAAACCGCUGAAGUUAAGCAAACAGCAACAACAAAAGCAUUUGCAACAACUACAAAUGAAGCAGCAGUCAACUGAGCGCCAGCAACAGAAAGCUCUGCGUGAACGCACCGAAAACUACGAUACACACAUACAACAGCAACAACAACUGUUGCUACAGCAAGUAUACGAAGAGCAAAAGCUGCAUAGCCAACAACUUGCCAAGCGCGAUGAGAGACGCUGCGCGCCGAAGACGCUCAACAACAAAGUUUCAGCCGAGCAAAUUUUCAAACAAUCCAACAAUUUACAAAAACAACUCAAACAACAGCUGGAGGAGCAUCAGCGCUGCAUUAUCGAGCAACAACAACAACAACAUUUGCAUCAACAACAAUUGCAGCAACAGAAAAUGUUCGAACGCAAGAACGAACUGAAGCUGCAGGAAAAACCAAAUCAACAGCAACAACAACAACAGAGUUUACCGCCACCAAAGCCGCUGACGCGCAAGCAUUUGCAAGCGCAAGCACAACAUCAAACGCGCAGCACAGUUCCUUCGCGUCACACCUCACGCGCCAGCACCUCGAGACUGCCAUCUUCACGCGUCUCACCGCUGCGCACCACAAGCCGUGGCCUUCUAUCCACGCGCGCUAAAAGUCUCUCCAGCUGCCGCAACGACAUGCACGCUGAGAAGUCCAAAUUGCUAAAGAAACGCCGCAAUCCAUUGAACUCUCCCCCGCCAGCUCCCUCAGCCACGCCUACCAAUUCGGCACGCACACCGCGCAACGCACGUGUUAGCGCCGUAAGCUCAGCCGGUGCUGGCUGUAAUACCACGAAAGUGCGUCCACCAGCGCAGCAAGCGCUUAGACCUUCACACACCACCCCGAAUAUGGCUUUCUACGAGGCUGACGACGUCGGCGCUGGUGGUGACACGCACGCGACAGGUGCGAAACCCUUACAGACACAAUCGCAAAUGUUGCAAAUGUGCUCGAUGUUAAAGUCUGAGUUCGUCGAUAUGAUGAUACCGUUUGCAAGCAAUGGCGUUGGCAACGCCACCAAGAUUACAUCAGCGAAAGCGCCGGAACCUCGUUCAGACCAAUGUAGCGAUAAGGCGCAAUCGAAUCAGGCAGAAAAUUUGGCUAAUCACGACCUAAUUGAGGCGCUUACCAAUUGUCUUUUCAAGUACAACGAAGCAAUGAAAGAUAAUGGCAAAAAUACAGACAGCCCAGGAGGCGCCACACCCAAAGCAGCUGGAAAGGAAUCGAGAAACCUUAAUCCUGUAUGCCCUAUUACCCUCUAUACCGGAGAGUCGCCAUACGAGAAAUUGAAGCUAAAAAAAGCGCAACUGCGUCUGAAGAAGGAAUAUCAAAAAGAGCAAAGACGUGUCGAACGCAAACAAGCACAAAAGGAAAUGAAGAAAGAAGCGAACACGGAAGGGAACUGGGAACAGGAAAACUCUUCAGAUGAAAUAAACACCGAUGAUAACGAUUAUGAAUUACCAAAUACAAAUCAGCAAGAAGACGUAAAGAGUUGUAAGAACAUAGAACUACCCACUUCGCCCUGUACGCUCUGGAACAGUAACUUCAAAGAUAUCCCACGAAAGAAAGAUCUACACAUUGAAGAGCUAAUUGCCGAACGCAAUCAAUUUCUACGACUAUGUAGCAAAAAUCGUUUCUAUGCAAAUCCCAAUUUCAACCAGCCAUGGCGAGUGUUUUCAAAACUUGCCUCCAAGCUCUCUAACGACAUCAUCGGCGUAAUCGAGGAAGAUUUUAGUAUUGGUGUUUCGAAGUUUGUGCAGGACUUUCUGGAUAACGAGACCAAGAUAUAACACCGCUGCUUCCAGCAGUUUUUUUUCUUCGAUUUUUUUUUAUGUUUUAACUACAUACAUAUAUAUUUUUGAACAUUUUCCGUUGUGGUGUUGCACCUGUGUGUAUGUUUUUUAUAUGUAUAUGAUUCUCAAUUUUUGCCAUGAAAUUGUAGGGCAAAUUUUGGCAGAUUUCACACACGCAUGUACAGUUAUCACAGUAAAUAAUUGAUAUUUUUUGCGAUCAUGUCAAAGCUUAAGUUAGAUAAAGUCUCGAUAAAGUCUUUAUUGCUUUAUCCUUUGACAUGUUUGCGAAAACCGAUUUUUACUGCGACUAAUCCGCGAAGCAUAUGCUUAUGUGUAUGUGUAACAAGUAUAUGUUAAUAUAUCCUGUAUCUAUGCCAAAA